UUGACGUCAGUUUUCCAUACACUUGCAGAAAAAAAAGUUACGCGAGCUUUUAAAAUUUGUAUUUAAUUAUUUUGAAUGCGCAAAUAUACUUAUUUUCUCUUAUAUUUAUGAACUUUAUAAAUCUUGUAUGAAAUACAAAAUUUGUCUGGUGAGUCUAAUCUGUUGAAUUUCAUUGUAAGAUUUAUAUUGCAAGUUUACGAUACAAACAUGCAAGUGCAAGAAACGGAAGGAGCUGAUGGUUCACCAUGGAAUAAUUCCAGUGGUUGUGAUGAAGAACGUAGACCUACUCAAAAGGAGGGUAAAAAAUCAAAUAUAUUACCUCUUUGGGGAAAUGAAAGGACUAUGAAUUUAAAUCCAUUAAUUUUAACAAAUAUACAGUCAUCACAUUAUUUUAAAGUAAAUUUAUAUGAAUUGAAGACAUACCACGAGGUUAUUGAUGAAAUUUACUACAAGGUAUCUCAUUUGGAACCAUGGGAAAAAGGAAGCAGGAAAACAGCAGGCCAAACUGGCAUGUGUGGAGGCCGGUUCAUGCAGGUCCGAGGAGUUGGUGCUGGUGGAAUUGUUUCAACGGCUUAUUGUCUACUAUAUAAACUCUUCACCUUGAGGUUAACACGGAAACAAUUAAAUGGUCUUAUCAAUCAUCCUGAUUCACCAUAUAUUCGAGCAUUAGGAUUUAUGUAUAUUAGAUAUACACAACCACCGGCAGAUUUAUUUAAUUGGUAUAGUGAUUAUUUAGAAGAUGAAGAAGAAUUAGAUGUAAAAGCUGGAGGAGGACAAGUAAUGAAAAUGGGUGAUAUUCUUAAACAAUUCCUGACAAAAUUAGAAUGGUUUUCAACAUUAUUUCCAAGAAUACCAGUGCCUAUUCAAAAAGAACUUGAACAUCGAUUAGCAGAAAGGUUUCCUCAACAGUCUAUGAAUGCUCGAAAUGCAAAACCACCUAUUAUCUUAAAUAGUCAUGGAAAAUAUAGUAAUAGUAGUAGUAGAAAAGAUAAUGGCAAUCUUACCUCACGGAAUCAACCACGACAUAUCCCAGAUAGUGAAGCUCAAUGGGGUGAGGCUGAAAGAACAAGCCACUGGCGAGCCAGAUCUGAUGAAGAUCGCAAGGACAAAUACAGGGAUCGAGACCGUGAGCGAGAUCGCAUAAGAGACAGAGAGCGAGAACGUGCACGAGAAAGAGAUCGAGAAAGAGAUCGACAUUGUAGACGAUCGAACAGCCGUGAUCGAAGUCGAAGACAAAGAGAUUACAGAAGUCGUAGCAGAGACAGAUCACAUAGAGAUAGAAGUAAAGAUCGUUAUCGUGAUAAAGAUCGUCAUCGGGACAGAAGGGGGUCGCCAUAUGAUUAUGCUACAGAAUUAGCUCGGGAAAGAGAGAGACAACGAAGAGAAUGAAAAUAUAUGCUGGAAUGUAUAUAUUGAUAUAAAUGUUUGUACGAGUGUAACUAUAGACAUAAAAACAAUUUAGAACCGAGCCAUUCGAACACCACCACAUUUUGAAAAAAAAUUUACUCCAUUUGGAGUAUAGCCUAAAUUUGAUUUGAUUAUAUUCACCAUGUAGUUUACAUGUUUUUAUAAAAUAAAUUCAAGAUUAUAA